AUGGCGACAGUGACGCUUGGCCGAAAGCUCGCGCCAUUCACGCCCAGCGGUGACGGAGUGCUGGACCAUGCGCUCGAUCUACUGGCGCUCUCAAGCGACGACGUGCUGUUCGACUUGGGCUGCGGUGACGCACGGAUACUGGUGCACGCCGCCGAGAAGACUGGCGCCAGAUGUGUCGGCGUGGAGUACGAUGAAGACCUGGUGAAGCGAGCGCGGACACGCGUUGAGGAGCAUGGAGUGGAGGCGCUGGUGGAAAUUCGGCAUGGUGACGCGUUGGAGGUGGAUCUAACGUUGGCAACGGCCUUGUUCCUGUAUCUCGUGCCACAAGGAAUUAAGAUGCUCCUCCCGAAGCUAGAAGAAGCACGACGACUGCAGGUGCGCAUAGUGACAUACGUGUUCUCGAUACCAGGCUGGAAACCGGACGACCAGCGCACCUACAAAGGCACUAAAGUAUACCUGUAUAAUUCAUCGGCGCCAGCCCCUGAACAGUGA